AUGGCCACGGUAAAAGGACAGACGUUCUACGAUAUUGCUCCCCAACCAGCUCCUCUAAGGUCUGACCCCUGGGAAACAGAAACUGGUAAAGAGCUAGACGGCGAAGGUGGUCGCUACAGUAUUCCGGGAUUCUCAAGAAGCGUCCAGGGAUCAUUCUGCUCCCCCGGAUACGUGGACCUCAACAUCUACAUUAAAACAGGCUGCUUUUGGCAGCAUGGGACUGUCCAAGAGAUGACUGAAGCCUGGCAAAAUCAAUACCCCUCUUCCACUCCGGACCGGCUCAACCAGCUUCAAGAAUUCCUGCGCCGGGCUCCGCUAAGGUUAAGCUUCCAGGAGCAAGGGCUAGACCGGUUCUCAGGGAUCAAAGGCCUUGGCUGCACUGACCGACCACCCAGAGGUGAUUUCUGCGAGAUGCGACACAUCAACCGACAGCAUUUUGGUGGACACGUCAGAGACUACUUUUCCAUAAAGCACAAUUGGAAGAUGGACCCGAACGUCUACGUCGUCAAAAUUGGGAAAGAGUCACCGAAAGGGUACCUGACAGUCCCAACCAACCUGCGUCAGGUUGUGCCCGGACGUCUGAAAUCAGGCGUCAUCCCCCAAUUUUCGACUCGAUGGCCAGACGAAACCUGUUGGAUGAUUGUCGAGGGUGGCCAUCGUACGUUUUGUUCUAAGAACGCUGCCGAAGACGGAGCAGCAGCGGAUUGCUUGACGCUCGAGCCAAUAGUUAAAGUCCCUGUCACAUUUUUGGCUCGUCCGAAUCUCAGAUACAAACUUCGGGGAAAUUCGAAUCAAACCAAAUACGUCGCCAGGGAGUCCAUCAAAGCCGGCCAAUGGAAUGUCCAAGGUGCAGCCUUUGUCAAAACCGGCCCCCUUUCUUUUCUUUUCCCUUUUUUUUUUUUUUAA